CCCCCCUCCACGCGGGUAGGGCCGAGCCGCGCCGCAGCGGGGCCGGGAGCAACUCCCGUCCCUCCGGAAGCGGCGGCUCGGGUCGCUCUCCCUCGCCCCUCCUUGGGGAAGACGUUGCGCUGCGGGAGGCGCUCGCUGAAUGAGCGGUUGAGGGAAAGGAGGGAGCGAGCGGCGCUCCGGCCCGGCCCGGGGGAGCUGACAGGGGAUCUCCCGGAGCCCCGACCGGCGGGGCGGGGCGGCGGCGAGGGGAGGAGGCGGGCCCUCCGCCUUGGCUUCCCCGCGGCCGCCCUGGCUGGCGGCCCCUCGCGGCGGGCGGCAGGGCAUGUCCGCGGCGCAGGUGUCGGCGGCGCCCGCCGAGCGGCGGGGCUGGGGCGCUGAGGACGGCGGCGGCCCGACGGCCAGCCGGCCCCGGGAGUCGGAGGAACUGCGACAACCGGAGCCCGGCUCGCCCCGCGGGGAGGAGGCCGCGGAGGAGUGCGGCCGGCGGCAGCCGGCAGUAGAAGCCCCGCCGCCCAAGGAGAACCCGUGGACGAGGCGCAGACCCACGCGGGACAGUCCUUCCCCGCCCGCGGCGGACGGGCAGCUCGUCCCGCAGGACCCAGAACUACAAAAUUCCACUAAAGUUAUAAAAGCAGCAAAACCCAGGACAAGGAAAUGCAGCAAGGCUGGUGAUUUUGCUGAUAUCACAAACUGGCCCACACCAAGCGAAAUAGCAAACAAUGAAUGUAAGACUGUAAGUCACAGUAAGAAGCCAACAAAUAGAAGAGAAAAGGAGGAGAAAUCCGAUCAAAAAAGCAAUAAUGGAAUCAAGGACAACCCUGAGGCAAAGCCAGAUGGUCCAGGAGAUAAUAUUAGUGAAGAUGAAGCUCAAACUAAUAACCAAAGGAAAAAAGGUAACAAGCAGAAAUGGGUGCCACUUCACUUGGAUGACGUAAGAUCAGACAGUCAAGAAAGACCAGGGUCUCGAACUAGCUCAAGAUUUCUGCUGGAAACAAACAAGUUAAUACCUCAUAACAACAGACGGACUGAGACAAGAAAUUGGCGUCGUGAUAGAGAAAAGAGAGAUGAUCACGAUGAAGUGUGCAGCGUGAGAAGUGAAGGUGGCAGCGUUCGAGGAUUCUCCAGAGGCAGAGGAAGAGGACGAGGCAGAGGAAGAGGACGAGGCAGAGGAAACCCUAGAAUGAACUUUGAAUAUUCUGUUGGUUACCAAGAACUGUACGGUGAAGGAACUGACCAAGUAUUUCAACCUGAGCUUAAUGCUAGUGUGAUGUAUUACUAUGGUGAUGGAACAGGAGUGCAGAUGUAUUCUGUGGAUGAAGCACUUCUCAAAGAAUAUAUAAAACAUCAAAUUGAGUAUUAUUUCAGCACAGAAAAUUUGGAAAGAGACUUCUUUCUGAGGAGAAAGAUGGACCAACAAGGAUUUCUGCCUGUUUCAUUGAUUGCUAGCUUCCGUCGGAUGCAAGCUCUGACUACAAAUGCUGCGCUCAUUUUGGAGGCCCUAAAGGAUAGUACAGAGGUUGAAACCGUGGAUCAGAGGAUAAGAAAACGGGUUGAUCCAGAAAAGUGGCCAAUUCCAGGUCCUCCUCCAUGCAGUCUGCCGCCAACUGACUUUUCUCAGCUCAUCAAUUGUCCAGAAUUCAUACCAGGCCAAAUUUUUGGCUCACAUACUGAGUCUGCACCAAGUUCUCCAAGAAUGGCAAGCCCGCUGAGUCCAAAGGAAAAUGCUGAAACGAGCAAUUUUCAGACAAUAUCUAAAGGAUUGUCUACAAGUUUGCCUGAUUUGGACUCUGAACCUUGGAUAGAAGUGAAGAAGAGGCAUCGUGCAUCCAUGGUCAAACUAAAGGAAAGUGUUCCUAUACCUGAUCAAACAUCAGAUCAACAACAGCAACCCCCACCUCCAAAGGAACAAGAACAAGAAGAACUUGAUUUUCUGUUUGAUGAAGAGAUGGAACAAAUUCAAGGUCGGAAGAAUAAAUUUACUGAUUGGUCAGACAGCGAUUCCGAUUAUGAAAUUGAUGAUCAGGACGUAAACAAGAUUUUGAUUGUAACACAGACACCCCCAUACAUGAGAAAACAUCCUGGUGGAGAUCGUACUGGCAACCAUGUAUGCCGUGCAAAAAUUACAUCGGAACUUGCUAAAGUCAUUAAUGAUGGCUUAUACUAUUAUGAACAGGAUUUGUGGAUGGAGCAAUGUGAAAAUGACACUAUGAUGAAGCAAGAGAUUGAGAACUUUAAGAAGCUGAAUCUCAUUAGUAAAGAAGAAUUCGAUGGUCUUGCACCAGAACCAAUUGCUGAUCUAACCCAAGAAGUUCCACCAGGACCCCCAGGGUUACAGAAAGAUUUAGCAGAGGAGCUGGCUUGUAAUUUCUUAAGUAUUGAAGUACCCCCAACAGCUGCAAUAGCUCAAUCGCUGCCAACAGCAGUUCCAGAUUCCCCCUGUGUUCACCCUGGCUUUACCCCGCGAACGCCUCGCACCCCGAGGCUACAGGAUCCCAAUAAAACACCCAGGUUCUACCCUGUUGUUAAAGAAGCACGAUCCAUUGAUGUAAAGACUCCAAGAAAAAGAAAAACACGACACAGUACAAAUCCUCCCUUAGAAUGCCACGUCGGUUGGGUGAUGGAUUCUAGAGACCACAGGCCAGGAACUUCCUCUGUGAGUUCGAAUGCUUCGCCUUCAGAAGGAGCUCCACUGGCAGGAAAUUAUGGGUGUACCCCAAAUUCUCUUCCAAAAUUUCAGCAUCCUUCUCAUGAACUGUUAAAGGAAAAUGGCUUUACUCAACAGGUGUACCACAAAUACCGUCGAAGGUGUCUAAUGGAGAGGAAACGGUUGGGAAUUGGCCAGUCCCAAGAAAUGAACACACUCUUUCGUUUCUGGUCCUUUUUUCUGAGAGAUCACUAUAACAAGAAAAUGUAUGAAGAAUUCAAACAACUUGCUCUAGAUGAUGCAAAAGAACACUACAGGUAUGGAUUGGAAUGCUUGUUUAGAUUUUACAGCUAUGGCCUAGAAAAGAAAUUCAGGCAAGAAAUUUUCAAGGAUUUCCAAGAAGAAACAAAGAGAGACUAUGAAGCUGGUCAGCUAUAUGGACUGGAAAAAUUUUGGGCUUAUCUGAAAUACUCUCAGCACAAGACUCCAGCUAUUGACCUCAAACUGCAAGAAUACCUUAGUAAAUUUAAGAGACUAGAGGACUUCAGAGUGGAUCCUCCUAUUAGUGAAGAAUCUGGCAGAAAGAGACCAGUUGCUGCAACAGGUGAGGAUUCAGGUCAUCGCAGACAGCAGUCUAAUUCUUCUAAAACACUUCUUGCUGCUGCCUGUCCGUCCCAGGCACUGGGAUGCGUUACCGGUGGGAAUGUCGUGCAAGCGUCUGUAGCCUGUAACAACGCUGCCGCAAAAUCUAUAGAAAGCGAUGUACCAGAAAAAUAGACUUAAGACGAGCUUGCGCCCUUGAAAAUCAACUUUUACAUCGCCCUUAAUUUGGAGAUCUUCAAGGCAAGCCAAUCUAAUACAUGAUUAAAAAUGAUGGGAAGAUUAAAAAUGUAUGGGAAGACAAAGGAUUGGAUUCUUUUUUUUCACUGGAUUUAGUUCCAAAACACUUACCCUAGGAGAGUUGCUCUUGGUUUUGGGAUCAUCGGAAGGAUCCUAGGGAAGAUUCUUUGGCUUCAGUAUUGCUUUCCUCAAGCUUUUGUUUACAGAGAACUGCAUUCCUUGCAUAUGCAAAAAAUACUUUGGGGAUGCCUUACAUUUCAGCUCGUAUUUCUUAAAAAAGGUAUGAUAUACCCAUGUUAUUUACUGUGCUUUCUUUACUCAGAUUUUCCCAUUAUUUGUAUUUUACCAAAGCAAAAAAGAUUACGUUAUAUGUAGAAUUUUAAAUGUAAAGGAAGGAUCUAUGCGAUUGGUUUGCUCUUGAAUCUAACUAUUAAAGAGUAUGGGUUUGUGCAAAAGCACACACAAGAAUGUGCAGCUCUAUAUGAAACUGUAUUUCUGGAUUCUAUUUAAAGAUAUAGUUUCUAUUUUUUUCAGGGUCUCCAUAGUUAGUAUUUUAUUAAGUAUGGAGUUUGAGUUGGAUAUAACUGGGAUAGUUUUGCAGAUAUUUGCUUCAGUACUGGUUCUUAAUAAUUCAAGCUACAAAAAAAAAAAAAAAAAAAAAAAAAAAAACCCCAAACCCCACCAAAAACCAAAAAAACAGGAAAAUGGAUCUGUUGAUUUCAUAGUGUCUUAAAUUAACAUACAGUAUCUACAGUUUGUGCAGGUUGUUAAAUAGCAAACUAUUCAAAUCAUUCUCAGCUUGAGAGGUGUCUUCAUUUGAAUUCUUUUAUGAUUAGGAAGUACUCUACCAGGAAAGGCAUCACUUUUGAUUUUUUUUCUCCAUAUUUCAAGUAAUAAAAAUGAGUUUGGAGGGAAACAAAGUAUUCCUUGUAAAUUUUAUUUUUUGCUUUAUUUUGCAAUAUCUGAACAAAGUUCUGCUUAAAUUGUGCUAGCUAAACCUAAAUAAUUUCAAACAGGUCUAAAUACAAUUUCACUGAAUGUAAGUUAUUCUGUAGCUGAAAGAUGGGGAUGUUUACAUCCUGUAAUUUCUUAUUAACGUCAUUACUUUGUUUUUCAAGACUCACAAAGAACUGAGUGGGUGAGUUAUCUCUUCCAAGGGUAGGUGAGAAGUAUUUCAGCUUUUUGUCAGUUAACUGCAGAAAAGAUUUCAGUUAACUUGUAAAGUUCAAAAGUUAUGUCUAGCACAAAUGGCUUAAGCCGUAAAGGUGUCCUAACUGACUGUGCAGCCACCUACAGGGCUUUCAGCUUGUAUCAGAUCUCAGAGGUUACUAAUUUUUCAGUCAUGGUCUUGUGAAUCUCAAUGAACCAAAUUACAACUGUUUGCAUUGUAAAGGGGUGUAUAUUGGCAGUGGCCUUCCCAACAGUUAAUACAAUUUCAAUGCAAAAUUGAGCCUUUUGUAAAUGGCCUGCUCUAAAUGAAUUUAAAUGAACACAUAAUAUUUUAAUAUCCUAUAAAUAUGCUGAAGUGACACAUCUCAAUCCUGUGUUUGAUCCAUGCCUUUUGCUAUCCAAGAAAAUGAUGCGAAUGUAAAUUUGGAUUGAAAUUGUAUAUACAAGUAAUAGAUUUAAGAUAUUUCCUUUCAAUUUUUCAUUGGAAAAUGUGCAGAUUAAGCUUUUAGUGUGUGUAAUUUUGUGAUAUCUUGACAAAUUUUAUAAAAACAAACAAAAAACCCCUAAUAGUGUUGUAUAUCAACUUUUUUCCCCCUCAAAGCAUGAAGAAAAACCACUUGAGUACAAGGCUGUAGAUUUGCAUGUGAAUUUGUUGCCUCUGGUGGUAUCAGGGAAACCCAGCCCGUUUAAAGGCUGAGGUGGUUCUUGGAAUGUGAGCCAGCUUUCUUCAAGUUCAAUAUUCAUUUAUUUUUUUCAUAAGACCGGGUAUUUGUCAAAGAAGAAUAUGACAGGUGAAUGAUAAAUACGGCUGAAAGCAGAGAGAGUGAAUACUUUACCUGCUGUCUGUCCUGUUGGCCUCUAUAGGGUAGUCACUUAGAUGGUGUCCCUUUUAUUUAGGGGGGAAAAACUCCACCCACAGCUCUGGCUACCUUUCAGGAAUGCCCCCUUUCACUUCCCAUGGGCUUGAAUCUUCCUUCUCUCCCCUUGCAGAUAGGUGGAAAAAACACUAUUUGCACUACUGCUGUUUGCACACUGAACUGAGAACAAAACCAAUGAAUUUUAGAGUAAACACCACUGACUUUGCUGGCUUAACGUGGUUAAUCACUCCUCAAUAGUUGGCAUACUUGUUAGAGCCAUAAAUUUGCCUUUGAACAUGCAUGUAUGUGUCCAGCAUCCUUUCUGAUGCCUUUUAGUUCCAUUUCAGCCAACCUUCAUUUUGUCUUUCUUAAGACUGGUUGUAUUCUAACAGUAGUCUAUUACUAAACACUUAGCAAGUCUUAGACCUGUCCUUGUCUAAAAAUUCCAUGUGUUUAUUAAAGAAUUUUGUUUA